AUCCUGCUCUUCUACCUAGUGUUCUACAUCUUCCUAGCAGGCAUGUUCUGCCUCACCAUGUAUGUCAUGCUGCAGACCUUGGAUGACCACAAACCCACCUGGCAAGACAGGCUUGGCACACCAGGCAUGAUGAUCAGACCCAGGGGAGACACCAUGGAGAUCAACACCCACAACACUGAGAGCUGGGACAUGUAUACCAAGACCCUGGACAAUUUCCUCUCCCCCUACAACAACUCUCUGCAGGCUGAGAAGAAUGACGAGUGCACACCGGACCAGUACUUUGUUCAGGCAGACAGUGGUGAUGUGAAGGACAACCCCAAGCGCUCCUGCCAGUUCAACCGCACCCUUCUACAAGAAUGCUCUGGCCUCGAUGACCAUACCUAUGGAUACCAGGCUGGCAAGCCAUGCAUCAUCAUCAAGCUGAACCGGGUCAUUGGGAUGUUGCCAGGAAAGGAUGGCCAGGCUCCAUUUGUCACUUGUGGAGCGAAGAAAGAAGACUCUGAUAAGAUUGGAGAGGUGGCGUACUACCCUGAAAAUGGCAUCUUCAACCUCAUGUACUACCCUUACUAUGGCAAGAAAGCUCAGGUGAACUACUCCCAGCCUCUGGUUGCCAUUAAGUUCCUCAACAUCACCCUCAACGAAGACAUCAACAUCGAGUGCAGGAUCAUCUCCAACAACAUUCCUCCUGGGAGUGAAAGAGACAAGUUUGCUGGAAAAGUGUCUUUCAAACUGAGGAUCAACACUAAACAAUAGAUGUACUUUCUCUUUCUCUCACUAACAUGUCCACCCACCUCUUCAUUCUGUGCACAGGUACACACACACACACAUACAGAAACAGAUAACAGAAUUAACACCCUCCGUUUGACGAAUAGAAUAUGUUUACAACUUCCAUUUACCCUCGAUGUCGGACAUUGUAUGCCCAGUUUAGUGAUGUCAAAUUGGUGCAGUAAAAAGGGUGGUAAUUCUGUCUCUGUUUUUUGUGUGUGAGAUUUGGGACUGAUUCUGUUCUGUAAGUUACUUUGACUUGAAGUCUAUUUAUCAACACGUCUUACCAGUUUAUUGUGGGUCCUUCCUUGCUGCCUCCCUCUAGAGUGCCCCUUUAUAUACGAAUAUACACAAAACGCAAUACUAAACGUGUAUAUCUAGUUAUAUAUAAUAUCCUUAUAUCAGUAUGUCUAUUUUAUUGCACUUGAAUAGUUCAACAGCUAAACGUAUGAUGUAAAAACAAUUUUGGUGGAUGAAUGCAUGAGUCAUUUUUCAUGUGUGUAUUGUCUUUAGUGUCCUAAGAAAGCGGGAGGCCUCAUGUCCCMGCUCUCUGCUCUGCUAUGUGGGAAUUAUUAAUUAGGUUAUGUUAAACCACUGGCCACCAGCACUCUGCAGUGAUCAUCCAGUUUAGCCCCCCCACACAGCCAUUGUGUGAAUGAAAUGUGAGCUAUAAGAAGAUAGCAUCUCCAGCAUGGUGAGUUAGAGAGGUCAACACCUUUGAGUAUGUGUAUGUGUGUGUGUACGUAUGUCGUAGUUUGUAU